UCUCGAGUAUAAAGUCUAAUAAGAAAACCCUAGCUCACCUUCUCUUCUUCCUCUAUUUGCUUUUCUCCGUCACUGAGUGCCUCAGCCUCUCGAGCUCCAAAUCUUAAGUAGAGGAUUGAGCUAAGGGCAAGAUGGUGAGAAUCAGUGUUCUUAACGAUGCUCUCAAGAGCAUGUACAAUGCUGAGAAACGAGGCAAGAGGCAGGUCAUGAUCAGGCCAUCCUCAAAAGUCAUUAUCAAGUUUCUGAUUGUCAUGCAGAAGCACGGUUACAUCGGUGAGUUCGAGUAUGUCGAUGACCACAGAUCUGGCAAGAUCGUUGUUGAAUUGAACGGAAGGUUGAACAAGUGUGGUGUUAUCAGCCCACGUUUUGAUGUUGGUGUUAAGGAAAUUGAAGGUUGGACUGCCCGUUUGCUCCCUUCUAGACAGUUUGGGUACAUCGUCCUGACUACCUCUGCUGGUAUUAUGGACCAUGAAGAAGCCAGAAGGAAGAAUGUCGGAGGCAAGGUUCUCGGCUUCUUCUAUUGAAGUUUUAUUUAUGGGGAAAGAGAUUUUCAUUGAGUUAUAUUUUUAACUUUUGUCCUCCAUUUUCUCUGAAACUAUCUUUGUUCUUCUUUCGAAUUUUGUGUUAACUUUUGAUGGAUAGUUCUUAAAAUUACUCUUUUUGGUUUGAAGCUCUUUAAGAUUCAUUUGGAACUUCGGGUGCA